UGGGAGCAUAAGAGUCCCUGGAGCCAGCGCGGCGAGCCCCAGGGCGGUGGCGUUGGGCGUUGCGUGUUGAGCAGCCUAGAGACAAUGGCUGAUGAAGCGAGCAGGACCUUGGGGAAAGGAAGCAUCUUUCCAGGGCCGGUUCCAGAGGGCCUGAUCCGCAUCUACAGCAUGAGGUUCUGCCCUUAUGCACACAGGACGCGCCUCGUCCUCCGGGCCAAAGGCAUCAGACAUGAAGUUAUCAACAUUAACCUGAGAAACAAGCCUGAAUGGUACUAUACAAAGCACCCUUUUGGCCAAAUUCCUGUCCUAGAAAACAGCAAAUGUCAACUGAUCUACGGAUCUGUCAUCGCUUGUGAGUACCUGGAUGAUGCUUAUCCCGGAAAGAAGCUGUGUCCAUAUGACCCUUAUGAGCGAGCUCGACAAAAGAUGUUACUGGAAUUAUUCUAUAAGAUCCCACGUUUGACCAAGGAGUGUCUGGUAGCAUUGAAAUGUGGGAGAGACUGCACUGCUUUGAAGCUAUCCCUUCGUCAGGAAUUCUGCAAUUUUGAAGAGAUUCUUGACUAUCAGAACACCAUCUUCUUUGGUGGAGAUUGUAUAUCCAUGAUUGAUUACCUCUUUUGGCCCUGGUUUGAGCGGCUGGAUGUGUAUGGAAUAGCUGACUGUGUGAACCACACGCCAGCACUUCGGCUCUGGAUAGAAGCCAUGAAGCAGGACCCCGCAGUCUGCGCGCUUCUCAUCGAUAAGAACAUUUUUCUGGGCUUCUUGAAUCUCUAUUUUCAGAACGACCCUGAUGCCUUUGACUAUGGACUGAAUUGCUGAGCCUCCACAGUCCACCCCUUCACCGUCCAGAAUUCCCAAGCAUUCAUGAUUCUGUAUCAGGAAUUGUUUUGGUGGGUCAGUCGAUCUCUGUUCAUUUUCUUUGAGGUUCCCAAUAAACCUGGGGACAGAAAAUGUA